AUGUCUCUUAUCGGUAAGGUCGCCUUGGCUCUCGUGGUCGUUUUGGCUAUCGGACUCGUUGAGUCGACUGUCCAUCAUCGUCACCAUAAGAAGGGAUCCUUCAACCAACCGGAGGAACAUAUCAAGCUGCCAAGAGUUUCUGGGGUAAACCCAGACUACCACAUCUCUGGAAAGAUCUCCUGCGAUGAACGUCCACUCGACCAUGUUCGUCCAUACCUCCAUUCCCCACACUGGCAAAGAGUCAUCAUCAACCUCGCUGUUACCAUGAACGGAGGAGAAUAUCACUUGUCGACUGGAACCACUUGGGAUUUGAAUGGAAGUGUCCAAAUGAUGAUCCGUCAUCAAUGCCACAUCGAAGGACUCCCACCAAUCAGCACCUGUGGUAUUCCAUACUACACCACCAACUUCGAAAUGGAAUUGGGGAACAACACCUGGAUCACCAAGGAUAUCGACCUCUACAAGAUGAAGCAAUACUCCACCUCCGACUGCCUGUACUAA